AUGGAAAAUAAUUUAGAAACUUAACAAGAAACCAAGCUUGCUCAAGAAAUACCUUUAUCAGAGAGCAAGCAUGUUGAAAAAGAGUAAAUGGAAUAAGGCCAGAAUAAUGAAUAGAAAGAAAAAGUAGAUAACAUAAACUUGAAUUAAGUAAACAGAAGUGAGAGUAUGAACACUCCAACUAAUAUUAAAAGCACAGAAAGCCCAUAUACUAGUAAUAAUAAGGCAAAAUAAGUUUAUACCCCAUAAUAUGGAAGUGGAGUUAAGAAAGCUUACCCUCAUUCAUCAUCAAAUUUUGCAGGUAAUGGAAGUAGGAAGUAUUUAUUGGACUCACCUAAUCGUAGUUCAACAUUUAAAAACUUGACUGAAGGUGAAAGAAUAUAAGGUAGCAAUAUUUUCUCUUAAAACUAAUUUAAUUUGGCUGGAGGCAACUCUUAAAUAUCAACCUAAUCUAAUUUUAUGUCUGCAUCAUCCCUUCGUUAUUCUGCCACCUCAAUCACCUUCCCUAAGGCAGAACGUUUUACCAUGCCUAAGCUAUCUCAUUCUGGCGUUCAAUACGAUCUUCCUACUCUUAAAGAUCAAAAAGCUACUUCUUUUGGCUAUGGCGAGAAGCGUCUUCUCCCACAAUAUCUGAUAAAAAAUGCAGAAGAAAACCCUUCACCAGCAAAAUAUUCCACCCAUCGCUCUUUAGGAUCACUCCCAACUGCUAAGACCUUUGGACUUGCUUACUCAUACUAUUCUAAAACUUAUAUUCCUAAAGUAACUAUAAAAGAACCUGAAGCUAGUAGAGAUAUUCCUGGAGUAGGUUAAUAUGAAGUAUCUGAGAAAUUUGCAUUAAAUAAAGCUAAAUAUUCAUUUUAUGGAAAAGGAAUUGUAUUCCAAGAUAUGUUCCCAAAAUGUUCUCCUCCUUGUAAUUAAUAUAGUCCAAAUGAAAAAUUGGUAAAAAGCAGCAGAUUCUCUGAUCCUUCUUUUGGAUAUGGUCAAAAGUAUGAUUUUACCAAAGUAACAAAAGUAACUCCUGGACCAGGUGCAUAUGUAAUGCCAUCUGCCUUUGAUAAAUACAAGAAUUAAAAACAUAGAAUAGUUUCCAAAUCUCAAACCCGUAUAAACCAAGCUUAACUCCAAUGA